AUGGUGCCGCCCCCUUACCCCCCUGCCGGCGAGGAGGAGCUCCUCGACUACGAGGAGGCGGAUGAUGAGGCCCAGGCAGCUGAGGCCGGAAAGGCGGCCGAGGGAGCGGUCAAGAAGGGCUAUGUGGGCAUCCACAGCAGCGGCUUUAAGGACUUCCUGCUGAAGCCCGAGUUGCUGCGUGCCAUCCAGGACUGCGGCUUUGAGCACCCAUCGGAAGUGCAACACGAGUGCAUCCCACAGGCCAUCCUGGGCAUGGACGUCAUCUGCCAGGCCAAGUCGGGCAUGGGCAAGACAGCCGUGUUUGUCAUCUCCACCCUGCAGCAGCUGGAGCCCGUGGAUGGCCAGGUGUCUGUGGUGGUGCUGUGCCACACCCGCGAGCUCGCAUUCCAGAUCUGCCACGAGUACGAGCGGUUCACCACAUACAUGAAGAAUGUGCGCGUGGGCAACUUCUUCGGCGGCCUGCCCAUCAAGCAGCAGCGGGAGCAGCUCAAGGACAAAGACAAGUGCCCGCACGUCAUUGUGGGCACGCCCGGGCGUGUCAAGGGGCUGGCCGACGAGAAGAAUCUGGACAUGAGCCACGUGCGGCACUUUGUGGUGGACGAGUGCGACAAGUGCCUGGAGAACAUCGACAUGCGCGCAGACGUGCAGGCCAUCUUCAAGAAGACCCCCCACGACAAGCAGGUCAUGAUGUUUUCGGCCACCCUUUCCUCGGAAAUCCGCCCCGUGUGCAAGAAGUUCAUGCGCGACCCCAUGGAGAUCUACGUGGACGACGAGGCCAAGCUGACGCUGCACGGCCUGGUGCAGCACUAUGUGAUGCUGAAUGAGGACCAGAAGAACCGCAAGCUGAACGACCUUCUGGAUGCACUGGACUUCAACCAGGCACGCGCCUCCUUUCUUCCCUGUUGCCGCCGCACGCUAGCGGGAGCAGAAACCAGCUGGUGCCAGCAGCAUGGCCUCCCGAAUGCCACCGCCCUGCGCACCUUCAGGAGCUGCGCGGCUGCCUGUCACUCGGCGCUGGUGGAGUCUCUGGGAGAGGAGCUGAAGUAUGAGAAGGACAACUAUGCACAGCCAGAGGAGCUUGCAGCGGGUCCGCCUGCGGGCUUCUCGCUGACCGAGACCGAUGGCGACACUCUGAUGAGCUUGAGCAAGGAGCACAAGGGAGAGCGGGUGACCAUUGAUGUGAUGGUGAACGACCAGCCCGAGGAGGAGCUGGUGGAGGACCAGAGUGGGGCGCUGGAUGCUGACGUGGGCGCCGUCUUCACCGCCUCGGUCACCAAGGGAGACCAGAGCCUAGUGUUUGAGUGCAAGAGCGACGGCCAGUACUUUUCGGUGCUGCACGUCAGCCUGGAGCCCGCCGGCGGCGAGGAGGAGGAGUCGGCGUACAGCGGGCCGGUUUAUGAGGAGCUGGAUGAAAAGCUGCAGGCCCACCUUGAGCACUACCUGGCAGAGCGCGGCGUGAAUGAGGAGCUGGGCGCCUACCUGCUGCCGCUCAUCCACGACAAAGAGCAGCGGGAGUACGUGAGGUGGCUGGCACGUGUGCAGGCGUUUGUGAAUGCAUGA